ACUUGGGGCUUCCCUUGACCAUGAUGAGCAGGCCUGGCAUUCACAGCAUUGUGCCUUGCUUCAUAAGCCAGUUGCUAACUGCCAUUGAGGUUGAUAAUGUGUUUAAGAUCAGGGGGUUUGCACUUCAUCGGGUCUCCAUCGUGGGGAUGAUCAUGGAGGCCAAGAAAGCUUCUCAGUACAUCAUGUACAAGAUCGAUGAUAUGACCGCGAAGGGCAUUGAGGGCAGGCAGCCCCUGUCUCGAGAGAGAGCCAGGCAACCUGUAAUUCCACUGCCAGUUGGAGUGUAUGCAAAAGUGCUUGGUGUCCUCCAGUCCUCGGAUGGAACCACACUGCUUGGGAUCCUGAGCAUCCGCAUUCUAGAAGAUAUGAAUGAGCUAUCCACACACACCCUGGAGGUCGUCAAUGUCCACAUGAUGCUGGUUCAAAGCCGUGAAGGCGUGACCCCAGGAAGGCAGCUCUUGACCCAGUCCCGAGCCCCAGUGUCAGUUGCCAGGGUUUCUAAGUAUUCUGGUCUUAAUUUCAUCCAUAAGGAGGUGCUGUUUCUGAUUCAAGAGUGUUCUCACCAGGAAGGGAAGGCUGUCACUGAGCUGCGAAGGGAGCUCCUUGGAGUUACUGAGGAAGCCAUCACUCAAGCCAUUGAGUAUCUGAUUAUGACAGGACACAUCUCUCCCACCAUAGAUCGCCAACACCUUAAAAUUGUUGGCUGAGACAAAGAACUGAGUGCUCUUUCUGAAGAUGUUUUUGUUCUGCUGUUUUGACUUUUAGGAAAUACCAUUUAUUUCGAAAGACAAUGAAAAGUAAAAAACAAAAACAAAAACAAACAAACAAACCAAAAAACAAAACUGAGC